AUGGCUCACUUCCUGGCAGCUGCUAGCUUGGGGUUCGCAGGCCUUGUAGCCUACUACCUCGUGAACAGUAUCUAUGUACUCUUCUUCCAUCCGCUGGCGGGUUAUCCCGGCCCCAAGCUCUGGCUCAUCACACGUAUCCCCAAUGCUCGUGCGCUCCGCAGUGGCCAACUCAUGCACCGCAUCCGUGGAUUCCACCAGCAAUACGGUCCCGUGGUGCGCUGGGCCCCGAACGAGCUGUCCUUCAUCUCCCCAGACGCCUGGCGCGACAUUUACGGCCACCACGGACCGGGCAAGGACUUCGCGCGCAACCCACUAUGGUAUCCUCGUGCUGCCAACGGGGCGCACAACAUCCUGUCUGCCGACAACACCACCCACGCGCGCAUCCGCAAGCUGGUGGCCCAGGGGUUCUCCGAGAAGGCCCUCCGCGAACAGGAGCGGUUCAUCCAGUGCUACGUCUCGCUGCUGGUGACCAAGCUGCAGGCUGCCGCCGCCGCGCGCCGUCCCAUCAACAUCGGGGACUACCUACAGUACGCGACGGUGGACAUCGCCGGCGACCUGAUCUUCGGCGAGCCGUUUGACUGCGUCGCCAAGGAGGAAGCCCACCAGUGGGUGAAAGUGACCUUCGGCUUCUUCCGGCGGCUGCUGGGCGGGGCGUCUCUGCUGAUGGUGGCGCCCUACCUCCGCCCGCUGCUGCCCUACCUGGUCCCCAAACGGGUGCAGGAGCAAGCCCGUCAGCGCUUCGCCUUCUCGUGCGCCAAAGCCGCCAAACGCCUCGCGCUGGGCGAGGCCCCCGACCGCAACGACCUGAUCACCUACAUCUGUCGGUACAAUAACAGCCCGAACGAGGCCAAGGGGUCCAUGACCAUGUCCCGCGCCGAGAUCGAGGCGACGGUCGACAUCCUCAUCAGCGCGGGCAGCGAGACCACUGCCACCGCGCUGACGGGCACGAUCCAGUAUCUCCUGCGCAACCCCCACACCCUGGCCAAGUUGCAGGCGGAGGUGCGCGGGUCGCUGCGUUCCGCCGACGAGGCCAUGAGCAUCGCCCACACCACCACCCUGCCCUACCUCAGCGCUGUGCUGCAGGAGGGCCUCCGCAUGUGUCCGCCGGCGCCCUCCAUCCGGCCCCGGUUGGUGCCCGCCGGUGGGGCGUUGAUUAGUGGGGGAUUUGUGCCAGCUGGUACCUCAGUCGGCAUCCCGCCCUGGACUGCCUUCCGCUCCGCCGCCAACUUCGGCAAACCCGACGACUUCAUCCCCGAACGCUGGCUCCCGGCCACCCCAGAGGGCGGCGGCGUGGCCAUCCACCCGCACGAGGUGCAAGCCUUCCAGCCCUUCUCCUACGGGCCCCGCGACUGUCUGGGCCGUAGACUGGGAUGGGCCGAGCUGCGCGUGCUGCUGGCUACGCUGGUGUGGCAUUUCGACUGGGAGAAUCGCAGCCCUGACGCGCGGUGGGAGGAGCAGGUAGCGUUUGUCAUGUGGGAGAAGCAACCGCUAUUCUUGGAGUUGAAGAAGGUGCAGACAUAG